AUGGCCUCUACCACCAGCACUGCUACUGCCACUACCGCCGCGGCCGCCACCAAAGAACCCCAGCCUGCCAUGGACUUCCUCCAUCACCCUUACACUCGGGCGGCGCUUCCCUUUGUCAACGGUGGCCUUGCUGGCAUGACCGCCACCGUCGUCAUCCAGCCCAUUGACAUGAUCAAAGUCCGUCUGCAGCUGGCUGGCGAAGGCGUGCGCUCUGGGCCGCGUCCCUCUGCCUUGGGCGUCGCUCGCGACAUCAUCGCGUCCGGUAAGGUGCUUGAUCUAUAUACUGGUCUAUCAGCUGGACUGCUUCGUCAAGCCGUGUACACUACGGCUCGCCUGGGUUUCUUCGACACUUUCAGCAAAGUCCUCAACAAGCGCGCCGAAGCUGCUAACCGCAAGGUCACCUUCGCCGAACGGGCUGGGGCCGGUUUAUCCGCUGGUGGGAUUGCCGCUAUGAUUGGCAAUCCGGCCGAUUUGGCCCUGGUCCGCAUGCAAUCCGACGGCCUCAAGCCUCCCGAGGCGCGAGCCAACUACCGUUCGGCUCUCGACGCGCUUGUCCGCAUCUCCAAGUCGGAAGGUGUCCCAGCCCUGUGGGCCGGUGCUUCGCCUACGGUCGUGCGCGCGAUGGCCCUCAACGUCGGUCAAUUGACCUUCUUUGCCGAAUCCAAGGCCCAGUUGAAGGCCCAUACCAACCUGUCCGCCCAGAGUCAGACCUUUGCCGCCUCGGCGAUUGCCGGUUUCUUCGCCAGCUUCCUCUCGUUGCCGUUUGACUUCAUCAAGACACGUCUGCAGAAGCAGCAGAAGGAUCCCUUGACAGGCAAGCUGCAAUACAGAGGUCUGCUGGAUUGUGCGCGCAAGGUCGCGCAGGAGGAAGGCUGGUUGCGCUUCUAUCGCGGGUUCGGCACCUACUUUGUGCGGAUCGCUCCUCAUGCCAUGGUUACACUGAUUGUCGCCGACUAUCUCAACCUCCUAACUAAGUAG